CCAGAGCUCUGGGCCUUGAAGAGAAGAGGAGAGCACAGCUGGAUGCUUCUUUCUCUCUAGCCUGGAACCAUCAGACAAAGGAGGUUUAUUGGGUUUGUGUGGAGAAGGAGGCUGGAGAUGUAGGGUGCCAGGUGGAGGUCAGAGAAUCUCUCCUGGCUUUCACGUGGAUCCCUUGCCCCAACCCGCCCCAGCGGCGGGCACGAGGUCCCAGGCAAGCAGCACCUCCCCGCUCUCCUGUACCCCGGACACAGCCAGCAGCUCCUGCCAUGGACAGGUGGUAUCUGGGCGGCAGCCCCCAGGCGGACAUGGACCCAUUCUACUACGACUAUGAGACUGUCCGCAAAGGGGGCCUGAUCUUCGCUGGGCUGGCCUUCAUCGUGGGGCUCCUCAUCAUCCUCAGUAAGUGGGGUGGCCUCCAGGGAUGGGGUGCUGGCCGGGACACAUCUCUUCUUAAGGCUGCUGAGCAGGCUGGCUUUCCAGAGUCCCCGAGGGAGGGGUGAGCCUCCCUACCACCUCCUCCCCUGCAGAAUGGGGGAACCCAUGCUGGGUGGGAUGCCAGGCUCUCAAGCACAAUGUGAGGUUCCUGCUCACUCAAGUGCACCCUUCAGUGGGCCCAGGAGGAGCUGUGGAGGCAGGAGCAAAGCUGCAGGGUAAGCCAAGGGCCAGGCAGGGAGACUGUACCGGCUGCUGCUAUCCAUGGGUCCCAAACUCAUCCAUUCAAUAGGGAUGAUCCCACCUGCCUCACAAAGAUUAGGGCUAGCCUCUAGAAACACAGCAGUCAGGACAGUAGUUUAAGAUGGUCCAGUGCAGGCCGAGUGCGGGGACUCAUGCCUGUAAUCUCAGCACUUUGGGAGGCCGAGGUGGGCAGAUUGCCUGAGGUCAGGAGUUCAAGACCAGCUUGGCCAACAUGGUGAAAUCCCAUCUCUACUAAAAAUACAAAAAAAAAAAUUAGUCAGGCAUAGUGCACGCCUGUAAUCCUAGCUACUCAGGAGGCUGAGUCAGGGGAAUAGCUUGAACCAGGGAGGUGGAGGUUGCAGUGAGCCAAGAUUGUACCACUGCAUUACAGCCUGGGCAACGGAGCAAGGCUCAGUCUCAGAAAGAAAAAAAAAGAAUAGUUCAAUGCAGACUUGGAGUGCUCUGGGAGAGACAAGGAGCCUUAUAUAUCCCCAAGCUCCUGAGAGGCACACAGCAGGAGCUUAAUAUCUGCACGUUGACUUGUUUUGAUUCAGCGCAAAGAAAAAUACAAAGAAAACACAACCCAUGAAAAAAAGCUCCGGCAAGCACAGCUAUGGACUCUGAAAUCCUAAGGCUCGGGCCGCAGUCCUGCACCUCUCCCCACUUUCCCAUGUUGCCUGUGGCAACUCCCGGAGGGUAGAGCCGGUUGGUGGCUGAGCACACAGGCACAGGAGGCAGGUGGCCUGAGCAAGGAGCUCUGCUUUGGAAUUGCUGCCAUCCUUCUCCAGAGAGCUGUUCAUCGGGCAGCUACUCUGUGCCCAGUGCUGUGAUGGGGACACCAUGAUGGCCCAGUCUCUGCUGCUGCUCUUGAUAUGCCAAUAGCCCACCAUGGAUCUGCUCCAAUAAAUGUUUGCUGACUGACUGACUUAGGCUCUUGAAAGCCUAUGGUCCAGCCUUAUAUAAAGAGAGAGAUGGCUGGGCGUGGUGGCUCAUGCCUGUAAUGCAGGCAUAUCAGGAGGCCAAGGCAGGAGGAUCUCUUGAGACCAGUAGUGUAAGACCAGCCUGGCCAAUAUGGUGAGAUCCCAUCUAUACAAAAUUUUUUGGGUUUUUUUUUUUGAGACAGAGUCUCUCUUUGUCACCCAGGCUGGAGUGCAACGGCACUAUCUCAGCUCACCGCAACCUCCACCUCCAGGGUUCAGGUGAUUCUCCUGCCUCAGUCUCUGGAGUAGCUGGGAUUACAGGCGCCUGCCACCAUGCCCAGCUAAUUUUUGUAUUUUUUCUAGUAGAGAUGGGGUUUCACCAUGUUGUCCAGGCUGGUUUUGAACUCCUGACCUCAGGGGAUCCACCCACCUUGGCCUCCCAAAGUGCUGGGAUUACAGGCAGGAGCCAAAAACAUUUUUAAAAAUCAGCUGGGCAUAACGGUCUGUGCUUAUAGUCCCAGUUACUUGGGAGGCUGAGGCAGGAAGAUUGCUUGAGCCCAGGAGCUUGAGGCUGCAGUGAGCCUGGACUCACACCACUGCACUCCAGCCUGGGUGACAGAGUAAGACCCUGUCUCAAAAAAUAAAAUAAAAUGUGACAGUCAAAUGUGGCUGGCCCUGCGGUGGUGCUGACAGGAGGAAGGUAGGAGAGAAUGGAAUGAUUUGGAGUCUUCCAAGGUCUCUUUGGAAAAUGAGUUCAUGGAAACAAAUCUCC